AGAGGUAAUCGCACAUUCGAGAAAGCGUAGAACUAUUCUCGGAAUCGUUUUCGUUCGAAGAAAGAGCGUUCCAAUCUCUCAGCGGGCUAAGCAUGUACGACGAUCGUAUGAUACUUUCGAUGCGAUUUCCUCAAAAACUUUGGAGGAUCGUUAAUGCUUGCAAGAGUGGUGCGAUUCGAUGGAACAUCGAUGGUUCAACCAUUCUGUUGGAUUACAAGAAAUUUCAAGAGGAAUAUCUUGACGGAGAGAAGUCCAUUUUCAAAACGAGAAAUAUCACGAGUUUCAUCAGACAACUGAAUCUCUAUGGUUUUCGUAAAGUGACUUCGCAUAAUCGGGAUCCUCUUUGCAACUCGCAUAAUCCAAACGUUCAUGAGUUCUUGCACGAUCAUUUCCGUGCUGGUCGUGUCGAUCUUCUCUCAAGAGUCUGUCGAAAAACCGUCGGAAGAAACAAAUAUUGUCAACGUCUUGGAUCGCAGAGAUGUACGACGAUAAAACCGGAGAACUCUCCGGAAAAAGAAAUCCGCUCUACAUCGCAUUUACGAAUGUGUCAGCUUGCCUUGACCGAAGCUUUGGAACAAAUAAGACGCGAGUGUCAACGAAAGUGUUCGAAUACAUCGACUAGAAGUGAAUCUGUAUCUUCGAAACAAGGAUUGCCAGAGCUCGAACUUUUUUCCAUUCCACAAAGUGAUCGUUCUCCGAAAUACACGAUGAAAAACGGAAUACAUUUUUGUUCAAAAAAAAGUUGCAGUCCGAUUAAUGAUGACAAUCCAAAUCCUUGGUUCAUUCCUAAUACACAUAAUCUCGCUUUUUACGUCCCUUUAAAUAAUACUAAAUAAGA